GUCACGUUGACAUUUUGUAAUUUCGUGCUUGGCGCCAAAACAAACUAAAACCCCAUUUUUGCUACAUGUUUUAUUUAACAUUUUAUAGUAUAUUUUAAAUGAAACCGUGUUAAAUUAUUGAUGAUUUUACACGUGGAAGUAUUACGCAAUCUUCACCAAAAAUAGUUCGACAUGUACACCAGAUCCUCAGCACGACUUUCCCAGAAACAGCGGUACAGAAGCCCUACGAACAACACCUUUAAUGACGAAUAUGAGGAUGAAUCAAAUAUUAAGACAAGAAUUACCACACCAAGAAAGAAGAAAAAUACAGCUGUUACUGGCAAUUCCACACCUCCUAAGCAGAAGAAAAAUGACACUUUAAAUGAGGUAACUACUCCCGAAGGUUUAAAUCGUAAGCAACUUAUAGAUUCCCAAACUAAUACACCAUCUAGCUUACUGCAAAGGUUAGAACUCAAUAGUCCUCCAAAAAGUGCAAAGAAAUUAUUCAAAGAUGAAAAACAAAGCAAUUUCUUCAACACAAAAGCCAAAAAUGAACAAAAAAUCGUUGGUGAUAUUCAUAGCAUGGUUGUGAAAGAUAGUGCUAAAAGAUGUUUGAGUAAUGCUUAUCAAACUGCUAGAAAGGCAUUGCAAAGCACAGUACCUGUAAACUUGCCUGGAAGGGAGAAGGAAAUCAGUGAAUUGAAGGAUUUUAUAAAUACGCAUUUGAGUGAAAAGAUAUCAGCAUCAAUGUAUGUGAGUGGGCCUCCUGGCACUGGAAAAAGUGCUUCUUUGACUCUGAUACUACAAGAAGAAUGCUUGCAAGACUUCAAACAUAUCUAUAUAAAUUGCACAUCAAUAAAGUCUCCAACAGCUGUAUAUUCAAGGAUUUUUAAAGAACUGGAUAUAAAGUCCACUGCUAAGACUGAAAAGGAAUAUCUUUCUGCCAUUGAAAAGUAUAUGAAAAAGAGUACAAAAAUGAUAAUAUUAGUGUUGGAUGAGAUUGACCAACUAGAGAGCAAAAACCACUCUAUUCUAUAUACAAUAUUUGAAUGGCCUGCAAAGGCCCAAAGCUGCUUGAUUUUGAUUGGUAUAGCCAAUGCACUGGACCUGACUGAUAGAAUUUUACCAAGAUUACAAGCCAGGUGUGAGCUGAAACCAAACCUGAUGCAUUUUGCACCUUAUACCAAACAACAAAUUAUGGACAUAUUCACGUCCAGACUGAAAGAAAAUGGAGUGGAUGGUGUCUUUUCUGCUGUUGCUUUACAAAUGCUAGCUGGCAAGGUGGCAUCUGUAUCAGGUGAUGUGAGGAGAGCCCUAGACAUAGGUCGACGAGUUGUUGAACUGGCUGACCAGUCAAGCAAGGACAUCCUGAAGUCCGUAGAGAAUUUAGAGACUGAAAAAAAAGAACUAUUGAAACAGGUAGAGCUGAAAGAUGUAUUGGCUGUGGUGAACAAUGUUUAUGGUGGCAGUCAAAAUUUGCAGGAAGACUCCUCAGAUGAGUGUUUUCCUCUGCAACAGAAGAUUAUUGUCUGCUCACUGUUAUUAAUGCUCAAUAAGGCAAAGAAUAAAGAUGUUACACUCGGCAGACUGCAUGAGGUUUAUAGGCGGGUGUGUUCAAAACGUAACUUGAUAGCUGUGGACCAAGCAGAGUUUGUUGGUUUAUGUUCUCUGAUUGAGACCAGAGGCAUGAUCAAAGUGGCGGGAAAAGGCAAGAUGGAUCAGAGGAUGUCCCGGGUGGGCCUACAGUGGAAUGAAGAAGAGGUUGCGGCUGCACUCAGGGACAAGCAGCUUAUGUCUCAAAUUUUACAAGAUGUCGAGUGUCUGGGAAAAAUGUGAUUCAUUGGUGCUGCAAAGGCAUUUCUUUCAAGUAUGACACUUGUUAUGGAUUUAGCUUGGAUCAUCUACAACAGAAGCAUGUGGUUAGCCGUAAGAUAUAGGGUAACAGAAACAAUUUUAUCAAAGAAAACUGGUAUUUUUAUUAACUCUACAAGCCUGUUUUAUAAUUCAUACAAAAAAAUAUAUCAACUGAAAAAUGAACGUUAAUAUUCCUUCAUUAUAACUAGCAGCCUAGUUUAAUUCAGGAUUUUAAAAAACUAAACAUCCUUUUCGAGACAAUAAGGUCAACUUAUUUUUAUAUAGAGUCAAAAUUAUUCUUUCGACGACAAUUUUUUUUUCUAAUUUUUUUUACUUCAAAAUUACAAAUCACUCGCACAUACACCGAAAACUUCAUUCCAACAUUGUAAAUUAUAAUAAGCUUAUAAAACUGUUCCAAGUCAUCACUGGGCGGGCCUCGGGCGGCAUCCCAAGCCAUCGCAUUGGCGUACAUUUUACGUUGUAGCUUGAAUUGUUGAUUUUUUCAUCACUGCUUGAUAUCGCAUAAGUUUGUUAAAAUAACCCCUUCAGAGUAAUUCCUGGGUUAUAUUUGAUAGGUGAUGAUUAUACUGCAGAAUAUACUUUUCAUAUGUUUAUAAAACAGCCGCACAAAGGUGGAAUGAUGACUCGGACCAUUUCUAUAUAUAUGACACCGAAAAUUAAUAAUGAUUUCCUACAUGUUUCAAAUCUUUUGUUACGACCAAUCUGACAAUAUCUAA